GCAAUUGAAUUGCAAAUCAAAUCAAUCGCUAAACUGUUGUGCAGUUUGUUAUGCAGUCAACACUCAUUGCUUUCAAUGGAUUUCAAGUUCAAUACAAACGACUUUAUGGGCGACGCGUCGGACGACCAGAAACUGUCACAAAAGUGGUCAACAAUGAAGACACAGGAAUCAGUUGAUGUCUCACACGAUGUGAUUCACGAAAGAUAUAUAAGAUAUUCAAAUCAAACACAGAGUGAAAGGGAUUUGUCUAAAACUGAUUACACGUACGCCAAGAGUUUUAGUUACAAUCGACGGAUAGACCGCUUGAAGGCGUUUGAGUGGUCGGUGCCGAACAUGUCUCGCAAGAGUAUCCAUUCUUCGGCUGUGAAGAACUCUUUGCCUUCGCUCGCAAUACUCAGAUUCAGUGCCAAAGACAACAACUAUGCAAUGAAUAACACAUUAAACCAUCGAAUACUCAAUGAUUAUCAACAAAACAGGAGGAAUGUUACGGUCAGUAGACGAGUGACCAGUUUAUUGAAGAAUAUGACCACAAAACUGAUGGAUUCUGUGACACCCGAUGCUGUGAAACGAGUGACACAUAAGUGCCCUUCGCUUUGGUCUAUACUUCCAGUGCUUCUGUUGACAGGAAUCGCAUACUUAAUGAGUCAACAUAUGUCUAGUCCCGUGCCGUUCACUCCUUUACAAGGAAUCACUAGUGAUAUGUCGUCCCAAAUGAAUAGCAAUCCCAAUGAGAAGUGCAGUGAAUUGACUGAAAGAUUGAACACAAUUAAGGAUAAUAUGAAGAAUAUGAUGACCAGAUCUGAAGUAAAAUCAAUGAUACGUCAGGCGCUGGCCAUAUAUGCCGCCGAUAAGACGGGUCGACCGGACUUUGCUUUGGAAUCGACGGGGGGUUCAAUAGUAAAGGGCCGGCACUCAGAAACUUACGAUAGGGGUGUCACUCACUAUCGGUUAUUCGAAAUCCCGUUCUGGUCCUCAUCGGUCAGCCCGAGGGCUGUCAUUCAGCCGACAAUAAGUCCGGGCGAGUGCUGGGCCUUCAGGGGGUCGAUCGGUUAUCUAGUGAUACGACUGUCCCAACCGAUAGCACCGACGGGUUUCUCGUACGAACACAUUCCCAAACAGAUCUCGAGGGACGGGAACAUCGAUUCCGCGCCCAAAGAGUUUCAGGUGAGGGCUCUGGACGACGAGUCGGACACUUCGGGUCGACUUCUGGGGAAUUAUGUGUACGAAGACAACGACAGUCCGAUG